AUGCCACCCACCGGCCAAGGUCGAUUCCGAGUUCUUGUCAUUGGGGCAGGCAUUGGGGGGCUGGGGGCCGCCAUCUGUUUGGCUCGAAAGGGCCAUUCUGUGACGGUAAUCGAGUCUGCCCGCGAGUUGUCCGAAGUGGGAGCUGGAAUUCAGAUUCCUCCCAAUAGCACCAGAGUUUUGCACUCGUACGGCUUGACAGACCAGUUCCUUGAAAAGGUGGUGCAUCCCAGGAAUCUCAAAUUUCGAAGAUAUUGCACCGGCGAGAUUCUCUCCUCGACUCCGUUUAGAGGCGUAUUGGAGGAUAAAUUUGGGUUUCCAUACUGGCUAAUCCACCGUGCCGAUUAUCAACGUAUUCUGUUUGACGCCGCCCAAGAGUCUGGAGCUAAAAUAUUGCUGGGUGCUCCGCUUGAAUAUGUUGACCAGUGGGCUCCAGCUGCGUUCCUGCUUGACGGUCGCCGAAUAACCGCAGACUUGAUCAUUGGUGCGGAUGGCAUCCGUUCCAAAACGAGGCGUGCAGUGAUCCGGGGAAAGGAAGUCGAGCCAAAUGCCAGCGAAAACAGCGUCUUCCGCGUGACGAUUCCGGCCGCAGUGAUGCAUGCUGACGACCAAGUCAAGCAUCUCCUGACCGACAUGGACGCUAACUCCUGGAUUGGUCAUCGGCGCCAUAUCAUGGCGUAUCCCAUCCGGCAGGGGGCCGUGUACAACAUGGUCCUUGCGUUUCCUGGCCACGCUGGCGUGGGGAAAUGGAACGAGCCCGGCGACCCAGACGAGAUGAGGGCGCUGUACGCGAACUUUGACCCUGUGAUUACCCGGGUGCUUGCGAAGGUCGACUCGUGUCUGAAAUGGAAGCUGGCCGACCUGCCACCGCUGCCGAAUUGGGUCAGCUCCAGCGGGCGGGUGGUGCUAAUCGGUGACGCUGCCCAUGCCAUGGUCCCCUAUCUGGCGCAGGGCGCUGCAAUGGCCAUAGAAGACGGCGCUGCUCUUGGAGAAUGUCUUGACAGGGCUCAAUCUGUGCGAGACAUCCCCAAGCUCCUCCGGGCAUUCGAGACCAUCAGAAAGCCGCGCUGCGAGAGAAUCCAAGCCGGAGCACAAGAAAACGGCUAUAUGUGGCAUUUACCGGAUGGCCAGGAGCAAAUCGCGCGAGAUCGCGCCUUGAAGAGCGUAUCUGAACGGGCAGAGAAAUCUGCUGACUGGACUCCCAAUAAAUGGGCCGACCAGGAGUUCGGGCCUUGGAUGUUUGGGUACAAUGUCUUUGACUAUACAAAUGCAAUGCUGGAUGUUAUCUUGAAGCCACAGCUUCACCUCUAA